AUGAGGAAUGAAACAAUUUUCCAAUAUCUACCUCCAGGUCCGAAAGAGGCGAUCCACAGAGCUCAACUUAACUGGGAGAACAAUCCCUUAUCCACUCCAAGAAACAGAGUAACAUCCGUACUCCAAGAUUCUAACGACGUGCUAAGAGAGGGAAUAUCCAAACUUGUUCCUGUGGUAUCAGCCAUCUAUUCAGAGGUCGCCGCUGUUCGAGGAGCCUGUUUGGUGGUCGUUACUCUCCAAUGCUUCCAUACUACAAUAGAGAGUGAUUAUCAAAGUCUCAUUUUACUCUGUACAAGAGAGGAUGGUCCGCCAUGGGAAAUUGCAAACUUUGUUGAAGACAUCAUAGCAAUAGCUUGA